UAGAAUGGAGGGAGAGUUAUGGAAUUGGAUUCUAUUAUUAUUAUUAUUAUUAUUAUUUUAUAUUAUUAUUAAAAGAGUGAUUGACUGCCUUGUAGCGUGGUGCUAUCAGUUGUAUUUCCCUGUGGGUUAUACCAAUAAAAACUACUUUUCUUCCUCUGCUUGCUUUCCUUUGCUUUCCUUGUUGCUUUUUUUCUUUUUUUGUGUUAGGGUUAGGGUUCCCACUUCCCACUGCUCAAUUCGAUACUCCAAACUCACCAUGGACGGAGACAAUACCGAGUUCAACGACUGGGAGGUGCUUCACAACUCCGACACCGCUGCACCCGACUCUAGUGACAACGCCCCUAAGAAUUUCGAUGGCAUCGACGGGGAUUCUGAGGGAAUGAUCAGGUCUGAUUACUUCUCUCUCGAUAAUCAAGGAAGAGUUGCUGCUGCUGCUGCUGCUGUUAGCGAUGAGGUUUCGGACUCGGUUGAGUCGGACAACCCGAGUUGGAUCGAUCCUGCGCCUGAUACUCGCUUUGGUAGUAUAAAUCCUGGCGAGCUCUGGUCUGAUUCGGGCAGUGAUGGGUCCGACGAUCGUAAACUCACGGAAUUUGAUGCGAAGAAGGAACUGGAAUUUUUGGAAAAUGCGAAAAGUCAAGUGAGUUUUGAAGGAAUUGGGGAGAUUCAAACCCUAACUAAGGAGACCCGCGAGUUCUGGUCUGAUACUGGUGGAGAUGAUGGUAUUUCGGCUACGGGAUUUGGGUAUUUUGCCAAGGAAACAGUUAUGAGCGUUGGUGAUUCGACCACCGAGUUGCAAGGAGAAGGAGCUGCUUUUUCGAAUGAAAGUGCUGCAAUUGAUGAAGUGAAAUCAGAGGAGAAAUCGAAUGAUGGUGAGGUAGAGAAGAGGACUGUGGUUUGGUGGAAGGUUCCAUUUGAGGUGUUGAAGUAUUGUGCUUUCAGGGUUAGCCCUGUUUGGACCUUCUCUGUGGCGGCGGCCAUGUUGGGUAUCGUUAUGUUGGGAAGGAGAUUGUAUAAGAUGAAGAGGAAGACCCGAAGCUUGCAGCUCAAGGUGACGAUGGAUGACAAGAAGGUGUCCCAGUUUAUGAGUCGUGCUGCACGGCUUAACGAAGCAUUUUCUGUGGUGAGACGUGUUCCCAUUAUACGACCUUCACUUCCAGCCACAGGAGUAGCUCCGUGGCCUGUUAUGACUUUGCGAUAAAGCAAAAGAAGAUAUUCUUGCUGUGGAAAUAGAUAGAAAAAGAAAAACAAAAACAAGGUGAUGUGAUAAUCACCCAAUCCAUAUGUCCUAAAGUUAUGUUUUUACUGUCAAUCCUUGCUUUGUAUCCAAAACCGUUAUAUAUAUUUAUAUAUUUGCUUUUCUACUUGUAUUAGCUUAAAGUUUUUAAGAAGCUUAUGUAAUCCCCACUGUAUAACUAUAAAUGCGAAAUAAUUUUUAUCGGUGUGUAUAA